AAGGUUCCCUACGUUCCAAGAUGCCGCGCUACGGGAAAAUUAUUGUCAUUAAAAGGAAUGGGACUGAUGGAAUUGUUUUUCCACUCACCUCGACUUCUUGUUUAUUUGGAAGGAAAACAGAGUGUGACAUCCGCAUGCGACUGCCCUGGGUCUCCAACGAGCACUGUAAAAUCGAAAUAAAUGAGAACAAGGAGGCAGUACUGACUAAUUUGAGCGCAGUAAACCCCACACAGCUGAAUGGGGUUUGCUUUGAGCAGCCUGUUCCUCUGAAGCACGGGGAUGUCUUAACUAUUAUCGAUCGUUCUUUCAGAUUUGAAUAUCCUCUCCAAUCAACUCCGAAGAAGAGGCGUUCCAGGUCUCCAAAAGAUGAAACUCUGCAGGUUCUUCAUGUUCAGCAGGUGGCAGAAGUGGAAUUAUUACACAAACAAACUUCAGGAUCUAAAAGUCUUGGUGCUUCAGAUAAUGCUGAAUGCGAAGAAAAAAUUGCCAAUGAAAAUAAACAAACCACAGAGGAAAAUGUAUCCAAGGCUUUACCCGUCAAACCAAAAACACCCAAAUCUUCACACAGAAUGCACCAAGUUAUUAAAAAGCAAAAUGAGAUGUCUCCCUUUACUAAUCUCUAUGAAAAGCUGAAACGUGAGAUGCAAAUGAAAAAAUCUCUGCAGAAGGGAAAUGACUCCCAACAAGCUGCAAGAGAAGGUGGGGAGAGUGUUGUGCCAGAGCCAAGCGCUCAGAUUUCAUCCCCAGGUUGUGAUCUGGGCAGCUUGAAUAAAGGAAAAGAAAGAGGCAGAAGUGGAAAUACGGGAGAAUGUGUAAUUGUAAGAAGUGAAGUCAACCACUCAGGGUUUCAGCAGCUGGCAGCUGGAGGAAGUGCUCCUAGGAGGAGUUUUCCCAGGAGGAGUUUUCCCAGAAGUCUUCAAAAUUCUCUUUCGCAGGAGGUGUCAAGAGAUACCAGUCAGAGUCAGUUGCAGGAUCCUGAGGAACUGAGUACACCAGGCAGAUCUAAAGGUGCCAAGGUUACUCCCAGCAAGGAGAAUGGUGAGAAUUCCCUGUUUUCACUGCAGCAGUGCUCCAUAGAACGAUUGGAUUCUUCAGUUAGGGAGAAAAUACACAUCUCUAUGACUCACACACCAAAGGUUUCUGAAGCAGAUAAACACGUGCUGUCCACACCAAGGCCCAGGAGGAAGAGCCCUCGGUCUCUUUUCGUGUCUCCUUCCAAGGAAACCUCUGGAAUGAAUCCUGUGAAUGCUGAUACUCCAACCACCCGCCGGCGUGUGUCACUGAAACCCAAGUGUCUGUCAGAAAUUCCAACUGAAACUCCAAGGGAAGGUUCAGACAUCACACAACUGCCUUUCCCAGAAAACAAAUCCAUGAAGCAAAGACGAAAUAGCAAGGGACAUCCCUCAGGAACACCUGCACAAGAAGUGCUGAAGGAAAUCAGUGAUCAGGCAAACUUUAACUCAGAGGUGGGACUUUCUGAAAGUCCUGCUGAAGAACAAAUGUCACAAAGAAGUUUGCCAGCCCAGAAGUCCCCAGCUACCUCCUCCCCUUCCUCAGGGAAGGCAGCACCUCAAGUUCCUUCAGGCUCUCCAGCCCCUUACAGGAAAGGACGUUUCUCCAUUUCCCAGCUCCCAGCGCAACUCCCAAUCCCAGAGGAGAAGGAUUCUGGUGCACAGGACCUGAAUGCAAAGGAAAAAAGCGGUGUGAGAGUGAAAACACCUCAGUCUUCUCCCAUUAACCAAGAUGACAAAACCUUUGCUUCAGCUACACCUGCCAAACUAACCAGAAGUGCCCAAACUCCAGAGAGGAAAAUAAAGGGUCACUUCAGCACAGGUCAUGCUGAGUCACCUGCUACAAUAGUUGUGGGUAGAGCUUACUCCACCACACUGAGAUCAGCUGGACACGUCCCUAAAGUGUUAAAAAAUCUCAUCCUGAAGCUCAACGUGAAUAUGGAUGAAAGCUUCACAG